GGGAAGGAUGGAUGAGUAUGAGGGCUGCAGCAGAAUGAGGAAAAGCUGCUGCAGGAGGAAAGCCUGGCUUGGGGAUCCCCAGCCAAAGGCUGGUCCCCCUUCCACUCAGCCGCGUGCCUUGCAACAACUCCUUGGGGGGUUGGGGUGUGGGACCCCAGCCAGGGAUGUGACCUGGGCUGUCACCUGUGGGAGGUGGCUCCUGGGGCUCCUUGUGGCCCAACCCAGUGGUGGCUGGUCCCCACCAGCUGGGGGGGGUGUGAGGAUGGGUGCAAGCCCCUGGGGCUGAGCCAGCACUGCUGGGGAAUGGCUGGGGGUGCCUCUAGUUCCAGUAAUGCCUGGGAUGGCUUGAGAAGUGGGAGCUGAGAUAUAUUUCUCAACCCAAUCCAGAUUCUUCAAAGUUUAGAGCCUUUCUUGCCUUUUAGCUGAAGUCUCUAACUCAGUCUAGGGCUUCACCUUCUGGCUCCUGCCCUGUGCUCAGUGGUGAGAGGAGGACUUGGAUGUCCUUCUCCACCAUUCCCACAAAAUGAGUGCUUGAUCUCCACCCAGUGCUGGAGGGGUGGGAUUGGGGUCUGGUUUCCCUGUUCUCCCUCACCAACUACCACCAAGCCCCAUCCUCUCCUUCGCUUAUGUGUUGCAAAGAGAAGACUUCAGCUACAGCCCUGUCUUUAAAAGCCCCUUCUAUCUCCACCAAGGAACUUCCUUCACCCCCUUCACAGGGUCUCCCUUCCCCUGCCCCCCUUACCAUCUCACAUCAGCUUCCCCCUGCACAAGGGGAUUCUGUACCUGAGGAGUGAUGGGAGGAAAGUGGGUUGCGUAGCUGGGUCAUGGGAAAGUUGCUGUUAUCUCUGUGCCUCAGUCAUCGAGACAUGCUGUUCUUGGUGUGUGGCAUGUGAGGACCUUAGACCAACACUGGUCAGGGGACACCUGGCUCCGAGUGCAGCAUCUCAGGGCCUCCUUGGAGGCUGUGGUGUGGUUGUAUGGAAACAAGUGCUGGGCUGUGUUGAUAGACUCAAGGUUGUUUCCCUUCCCAUGGGGUCCAUCAGCAUUCCCCAAACCCAUAGAAUCAUGGAAUAGUUUGGGAUGGAAGGGACCUCAAAGCCUGUCCAGUCCCACCCCUGCCAUGGUCAGGGACAUCUCCCACUGGAUCAGGUUGCUUCAAGCCCCAUCCAGCCUGGCCUUAAACACCUCCAGGAAUGUGGUGGUGGGAUAGCCCUCACAAGAGGGCAGGGAUCAAGAUUGCACCACUGAGUACCACACUCACACCCAAAGGUGACCAUGGCACAAAGCUAGAGGUGGCUCCAGGAGUGAUGGAGUGGCUUAGGGGACUCGGCAAUGGGAUAGCUCAGAGAAUCAUAGGAUGAAUCAUAGAAUCACACAGUGGUUUGGGUUGGAAGGGACCUUAAACCCAUCCAGUUCCACUCCCUGCCAUGGGCAGGGACACUUCCCACGGGAUCAGGUUGCUCCAAGCCCCGUCCAACCUGGCCUUGAACACCUCCAGGGAUGGGGCAGCCACCACUUCUCUGAACAACCUGUUCCUGGUUUGUGGCUGGAAACUCCUUGGAAGUGUUUGUUUUACCUUCACCCAUGACGUGUUUGCUCUGUCGAUCACUGCUUGUGAUUCUUCCAAGAAGAAACAAGAAAGAAUCUCCCAUUUUUUGCUUCAGUUUCUGGAAUGCUGCUGCUGAAUCCAGCACCUGUAAAGUAUCUUGAGACCCCCAGCCCCCUUAAUUCUUCUGCCUGAGCAUCCUGGUGGAUUUCCACUAGCACAUCCACCUUUUUCCCAGGCAAUUCCCUGUUGGAUGGGGUUCUUGUCCUGGAGGUACUUCUCAUUGAGGUGAUGCUGGAGGAGAUUACUUCUUAAGUAAUAACUUCCUAAGGCAGUUAGGACCUUGGCUGCAUCUUGUAUCUGUUGUGUCCUUGCUCCAGUCAAGUCCAAGUUCAUGAGAUUUAUCAAGUACCCAUGAUCUGGGAAUACUAUCUUCUGACUUGUUCCUAUUCCUGAGAUGGAAGCUUGGCAAUAGUUCCUUAGUGUCCUUAUUUGAGGAAUUUUCCAGUCCUUAUUAAGUUUUGAUUCAGGAUUGUGAUGUAGUUCUCCAAAGUCAUCAAGGACAUGUAAGGCAGGUAGAUCGCUUUUUAGGAGACGGAGAUCUUCUGUGCAGGGACUUUGAAUGACUGCUUCUUCUAGGUAAGACCUAGUUCUUGGUUGUCUUCUCCUUGGUCUGUCGUAGUGCUCAGGUAAAGAUGAAAGAAUGGGUGCAUUUGGUGGUCUACCUGCAGCAGAAGUUCUUACCCAGGUACCAUAGGAUAUUACAAAUUCAAUAACACAGUUGUUCCCACAUUCUAAGCAAGAUAAAUGGAACUGAAAUUGUCUCCUGAGCCUAAUACCUGAGUUCACACGUGAAUAUAAAAUGAGUUCAGCAGCCAGACUUCCAUCAGGUAUUAACUCCACUAUUUUCUGCCCAAGGAUCUUACAUUCAUGAUAACACACCAGGGUGUUCCUCAAGGCUGAUGAGGAGUGUGAUGUUGAGCAUCGUCUAGGUGCUUUCUGAGAUAGACUUUAGUUGUUGUUACUACCUCCUCUGAAAAUGGAAAGAUGGUGCUACAGAACCAGCCCCACAUGUGCCUUCUCGUGGUGCAACCCUGCUGUCCGUGCCCCUCGCACCUCAGAACUCCCAGCUGUGAGCAUUGAGCUUUUGUUGCAUGGUGGGUUUUGGUUUCCAUGCACGGUUCUGCAAGGCUUAGUGAUGUCCCCGGCAUCACCUAGGAGCCCGUUCUCUCUGUGGCAUCUGCUGCAGCAGCUAUGUGGCUUCUGUGGAAAUCAAAGCCAUGCUGGGAAGAUGCCCCUGAGCUGUUCCUGCUUGCUGGCUUUCCCAAGAACUCCCUGUUUCUGACUGUCACGUCCCCCCACCUCGAGAGCUGAACUUUCCCUUUCUCAGCUCCUCAGGACCUGGUCCAAAGUCUCGCAUUGAUUGAAACUGUUUGUAUUUGUUGUUCGUUUAUGCUGCCGGAAGCCGGGGCUCUUCAGCCUGACUGAUCCCGAGCCCACACUGUGUUCCCUGUGUUUACAAAGGGCCUCAUCCUGUCCGGCGCAAAGCUUUCUUGCAGCUAGAGGAUGAUUUAUGCCAGCUGUGUAGGUCUGGUGCCCUUGGGGAAGGUGUUGCCCAAGAGGUGUUUUGGAGCUGUUACCCCUUGCCCUGCUCUCUGAGAUGCUCCCUGCACCCAAGCUGAUGUUUUUCAGACCCUGACUUAGAUGUGGCACCAGGAAAUUCCAGCUGUGAGGUACCCAAACUCACUAGCUGUGCCUCCUGACAUAAUUAGGGCAAUGAUGGGCCUUGACCAUGCUGGUUUGAAGUCCCCAUGGUCCACCCUGCGCUCACUGGGGUAGCAGCAAUCAUAGAAUGGUUUGGGUUGGAAGGGACCUCAAAGCCCAUCCAGUUCCACCCCCUGCCAUGGGCAGGGACACCUCCCACUGGAUCAGGGGCUCCAAGCCCCAUGCAACCUGGCCUUGAAUACCACCAGGGAUGGGGCAGCCACCACUGCUCUGGGCAACCUGGGCCAGGGCCUCCCCACUCUCAUCAUGAAAAAUUUCCUCCUUAUGUCCAGUCUAUAUCUGCCCCUCUCCAGUUUAUACCCAUUGCCCUGUGUCCUACCAUCUCAAGCCUUCAUGAACAGCCCCUCUCCAGCUUUCUUGUAGCCCCUUUGGGUACUGGAAGGUCACUACAAGAUCUCCUCAGAGCCUUCUAUUCUCCAGGCUGAACAACCCUAGCUCUCUCAGUCUGGCCUCGUAUGGGCGGUGCUCAUCUUUGUAGCCUCCUCUGGACCCAUUCCAACAGUUCCAUCUCCUUCUUAUGUUGAGGAUUCCAGAACUGGACACAAUACUCCAGAUGAAGUCUCACGAGAGAGGGCAGGAUCCCCUCCCUCGCCCUGCUGGCCACGCUGCUUUUGAUGUAGCUCAGGACACGGUUGGUUUCUGGGCUGUGAGCGCUCAUUGCCGGUUCAUGUCGAGCUUCUCAUCAACCAGCACCCCAAGUCCUUCUCCUCAGGGCUGCUCUCAAUCACAUCAUCCCCCACCCUUUAUUGAAACCGGGCAUUGCCCCGACCCUGGUGUAGGACCUUGCACUUGGCCUUGUUGAACCUCGUGAGGUUCUCACCGCCUCACCUGUCCAGCUUAUCGCAUGGGAAUAGGCCUUCCCCUCCCCUGGCAGGAGCCCAGCUCCCUUCCCUUUGGCCAGAGCAGCCUUUGCCUCCACCCUCUGCCCUAUUUCUGUGCCUCCUGAGUCCCCUGAAGUUGCUGGGGGUGUCCAGGGAGCAGGAGACAGUGACCCCCCUGUGGGAUCCUGCCUUGGAGGCACUGGAAAGUGGGGAAGGGAUCUCUUGGGGUGAAUUUGGGGUGGAUGAGCAUGGAGGAGGAGAGAAGACUCUGCAACCGGGCUCUUACUCAGGCUGACAUGGUACAAUUCCUCCAAAAGGAGCUCAGGGGGCUGGAUAUGUCCAGAGGAAUACUGCCUUGCUUUUUUUCCUUUAUUUUUUUUUCCCCCAGAAAGGUGAUUUUUAUUCCUCUGCUGCUCUGAAUUUUAACAACGCUUUCCUCCCACCUCCACAGAACGAGAAACCCAAACACAGUUGCCUGCUUUUUCUGUCAGAGCUGAGCUGGAGGGCUCUGUGCCUUCCUGUCAGUACCUUUUAAACUUUCUCUUUGUUGCAGUGUUUGGGCAUUUUUUCUCCCCUCCCUAAGGGGAAAAAGAAUAAACCUUUACUGAUCCUUCCCUUUUCCUCCCCUGGGAAUGAGAAGUGCGAGCAAGCCGGAAUCUCCUUGCCCCUAAAAAUGAGGUUUUGCACAUAAUUCAGUGGUGUCUUGUCAAAAGAAAAAAAUACAUUGUUUUUAAAAACUCAAAUAACCCACUUUUUUCAGCCCAGGGGACUUGAUUUGGGCAGUAGUGUGAGAUAUCGGGGGUUGUUUGGGUCUUCCCCAGCCCAGGUGAGCUCUGGCUCCGAGGACAGCGUUGAGGCCCAGUGCCACUGAUGGGACCGUGUCUUUCGGUCCCGGCGAGCAGCGAUGUGUCCCACGGGAGCUGCCCGGGCAGAGCAGGGUGGAUAGCGAGGGCCUUGGCCAUCCGCACGCUCCCGCCAGCCUUUUAUCCACCGGUGGCCCAUGGAGCUGCCGGCGGGGCCGUCGGCGGGAGCCUGAUUGGUUCCACACAGCCUCGCUGCUUCCAGGUUGGCGUUCCUCCUCCUGCCGCCCAGGUAGAGCCUUCCUGCAGCCUGGCCUCCCAGGAUUAGCAACUCCUCCGGCUCGCCUCUCCCUUCACUUGUUUUGUUUUUUUUAAUUCCCCUUUCCCCUCCCCUUCCUUUUAUUUCCCCCCCUUUUUUUUCUUUUUCCUUCCCAUUUUUGAGCUAUUAUUCCUAAAGAAGGGGGUGCGGGAGGCAUGAGCAGUGGGCUGCUGCUACCCACCCCGCUCCCCGAGGACGCCACGGCGUUCACCCCACUCAAACCCAUCAUCAUGUCGGGACAACCCAACGAAGACACCCCUGUCUUUGAGGACAUCAAACCCCCCGUCCGGCCACUGGACAACCCUCCCGACCUGGCACAGCUGCACCCUAUGAGGAUGGAACAGCGGAUGCCGCCGCUCAUUCUCGAGGCACGAUCUGAAAUGGAUAAGUACCUUUCAAACGAGGUGCUACCCAUCCCGAUGAUACCAGACAAGAAGUACCGUCGGGAGAGUGCCUCAGUAGUCGAUGAGUUCUUCUCCACGGAGAAGCCAGCCUCCACACCAUACAGCGUGAACAUCAAUGUGAUUCUGCAAGAUACAACACACCUGCGCACUGGACUUUACCGGCCACCCAAACCCGUGGCGCCAUUCCCACAGAUCAAAACAGAGCCUGGUACCAGCUUUGCCCAGCCCUGCUCUUCCACCUCUGGCUCCACACAGACCCUGCCUGACUUCACCAGUGUCUUCAGCAUGCCCCAGUCAGUGGCAGUGAACAACAUCUUCAUCAAGCAGGAGAUGCCCUCUGAGAUCCCCUUGUCCACCAAUCCACAGCCAUCCCAGCUUUACCAGAUGCCACUUGGCAAUGCAAGUGGUGACAUCACCACUCUGACAUUCACCUCCAACAGCACCACAGCCAUCAACAGUCUCAGUGGUGUCACCAUGUCCACAGGUCACACCAUGUCCAGCAUGGUCCACAGACCUGUCCAUCCAGGAGGGUCAGUCAAGCAGUACCCACAUGUCUCCCAUGGACAGGGAAACUUCAACAUCUCAGGGCAGUUCUACACUGUGCCAGGGGUAAACCUGCCCCCUUCACCCCCCAACUCACAGCCUGGCAGCCCAGAAAAUCAACCCGAGCUCAUCAACACCAUCUCUCCCCCACCAUCCUAUGAAGCCACCUUUGGACUAAAGUUGGUCCAGUCAUCCCAGGUUCCUCCUGUCCCCAAUGGCCUUGGCACCCUCUCCCAAGGGCAUGUUGUCAUGCAGCCCCCCAAAUACAACAGGCGCAACAACCCUGAGCUGGAGAAAAGGAGAAUCCAUCACUGCGAUUACCCAGGUUGCUCAAAAGUUUACACCAAGAGCUCCCACCUGAAGGCACAUCAGAGGACUCACACAGGCGAGAAGCCCUAUAAAUGCACCUGGGAAGGCUGCGACUGGCGUUUUGCCCGCUCCGACGAGCUGACCCGGCACUAUCGGAAGCACACUGGUGCCAAGCCCUUCAAGUGCCUCGCCUGUGGCCGGUGCUUCUCCCGCUCCGACCAUCUGGCUCUCCACAUGAAGCGGCACCAGAACUAGGAGCUGUCUGUGUUUGCCACUUCUCCAAGAGCAGCUGAAACCCAUUUCUUUCCCAAGGGGCCUCUCCUCUUCUCGUACCUAGGAACAAACCCAUGCUGUGAUCAACCAGCACGGUAGGGGUGGCAGGCAAGUCCCCCCUGCAAGCCCUGUCCCCAGCUGUUUUUUGGAUUUAAAAGAAAUCUCAUUUAAAAAGAGUUAGAAUUACAGACUGAUCUUAUGAUGAGGCUCCUGGAGGCACUGGACCUUGGAUUCCAAAGGGCGUUCAUGCAGCAAACCUGCUAUUUAUUUGUCACUGAGGAGCAACUGUCCUUCAUCUCUCAAGCUCUUUGGGAUUGUUUUACCCCUUUCAGGUCUCCCGUUUUGUGAGACUGAGGAGGUUUGUGAUGGAUUUGUAGCCUGGCUGUGCAUGAGAAGUCUCACUUCAAACUGUUAGCGUGGGCCUUUUGGACUGCCUCAUGGCAUGGAUGUGAACAUAGUACCUCCAUGCACGAGGAGAGGAGCACAAGGUCAGGGCUGUUUGGGUUGACAAUCCCAGUCUCUGUGGGGCCAUAGAAGAAAGGACCUAUGACAUCCGCACCUGAUUUGCCUUCAAGCAAGGGACAGCACAAAAGCAGAUGACAAAAGCCAUUGUCUGUGUUCUGUUGAGCCCACCUGCAGUUUCCUGGCAGCCAGCUCACUCGGGACUGUGAAUAUCAGUCUUGUUUGGCUGAGUUUUAUGGUUGUGUCCUUAGCAUUUCUGCUUCCAAAAUGAA